AGUUCGUUGUGGGACAUCCCAUUUGUGAAGAACAUAAAUUAAAAAGAAGCAGAUCGACGACUCAAACAUUCCACGUUCGGGCAAGAAAGCAGAUCACCCGGAAGCAAAUGAAAAUAAAUACUGCAAAAUGAGCAUACACGACGAGAAUCAUUAUUUGCAAGAUGAGUGGGCGACGGACGACUUUAUGGACAAUCUGCUGAAGAUGAACGACACGACGAUGCUGUUCAAUGAGCCGAGCACCGGCGAAUCCGGUGGCACGGACGAGCUGGACGAGUUUAUGAGCCGCCUCAACUACACUUAUGCCGCGCCCGGAGCCUUCGGGGGCGAGCAGCAUGUCAUGUCGCCGCUCUCGUCGCACUCGGGCUCGGACCAGGAGUUCCACGGGUUCCCCAGUGUGACCGGAAGCAGCAGCGGAACGUCGCUGGACGGGUACUUCGAUGACGAUCCCGCUGGCGACGCCGGAGGCUUGAAGGGCUCGAUCAAGUCCGAACUGCUGGGCGACUUCAACAUGCUAGACAUGCUGGUAUCAGGCGAUCAGCCCAUCUCAUCGGCCGCCUCCGACAGUGGACUCUCGAGCGACCAUCUGGACCUGGACCCGAACACUGAAUAUGAAGCCCUCAGUCCGGCACUAUCGUCACCUGGUCCUUCGAUCAGUGAACGUGGCGGACAAAACUCCCCACCACACCAUGUAAACCCGAUUCAGCAACCGAUACCGGUAACGAUGAUGCAAACCAUGACGACGAUUCAGUCACCGGUUCUUCCCCCGGCUGACCCAUCAUCGAUUCCGAAGCAACCCCACGUUAUACUGCAACGAUCUACUGCAACCCAACAACCGCAGCCUCGUUCCGUAGUGAUCAAGUCCCAGCCACAGACUACGAUGGCCAAGGCAACGCUCGUCACCACCAGCAACCCGUCCGGGGUCAGUGUGGUCUCAACGCAACCGAAGCCGGUGAAAUUGGCCACCAACAGCACGGUUCUCAAGCAGCAGCAGCAACCGUUGGGAAUGAAAACGAUCAUUACCACCGGAGCAGGUGGAGCGAAAAAGCUGCUCCCGAACGGACUCACCACCGGCAAGGAGCUAAAGAUCAUUCGCAUGGCCACGAUGAAAAACGGUCAAACGGUAGCGGUGGCCAACGGUCUCCAGUCGGUAACGACUCCCGCCAACAAGAAGUUUACGCUUCAGCUGAAGAACGGUACGACCGCCACGAUCACCACCACCGGUACGUCCGGUCCGAAAGGAACCGUCACCGGAACGGUGCUUCCGAAGAACGUUGUGCUUACAUCGGCCCCUGCCACGCUCAACGGAUCGUCCGGUGUUGCCGGGGUCCGUAAAAUCAUUCGCAUGCAGCAACCAUCGCAGCAAAAUGGCCGCCCCAUACUGUUGCCGCUCUCGAUACAGGACCUGCGCACGAUCAAGAUCGUGAACACGACCAACUUGAAGGGCAGCAAAUCGGCCAACUUUAAGCUGGCCCCUGCCACUAGCCUGUUGCAGAAACCGAAACAGAGUUACGUCCAGAGCAACUUGAUCGUGAACGGUGGCGACAUGGUCGGGGACGGCGGCCUGUCCGAUGCGGGUGGCCCAAGCUCGUCGGACUCCGAGAGCUACGUGUUUGACGAUAUUAUGCAGCAGAGCAACUCGGUAAUAGCGGAAGUCGAACGGCACCAGCAGAAGCACAUCAUCAGCGAUUCGGACGUGGAACCGGACGGGGACGAUGGCAUGGACGACGAUGACGACACGGAGCUGGACGACGUUGGUAAGGGCCGCAACCGAAACGGCACCUACCAGAAGCUCAUGCUGACGCCCGAAGAGAAACGGCUGCUGGCGAAGGAGGGCAUCUCGCUGCCAACGAGCUACCCGCUGACCAAGCACGAGGAGCGCGAGCUGAAGCGCAUCCGGCGCAAGAUCCGCAACAAGAUAUCGGCCCAGGACUCGCGCAAACGCAAGAAGGAGUACGUCGAUGGGCUGGAGGAACGCGUGAAACAGUGCACCGAGGAGAAUCAAAAUCUGGUGAAACGGAUCAAGAUUCUGCAGAGCCAAAAUCACGAUCUCGUCAGCCAGAUGAAACGCAUCCAGUCGCUGCUGACCAAGGGUACGAGCAAAACGACACAGCCGGCCACCUGCCUGAUGGUGCUGCUGAUCAGCAUGGCGCUGGUGGCGGUGCCGAACCUGAAGCUCGGUAACACGACCACCCAGCAAAACAUCCAGGAUUCGCUCGAAAUGUCCGAGCUGAUGCAGGAACCGGCCAACGAUAAGCUCCAGGUGGCGACGGCCGCCCAACAGAGCCGCCGCUCGCUACUGUUCGACACCAAGGAAAGUGCGGCCGAUGAGGAGAUGAACUUUGAAGAGAUCAUGUCGUCGUUCAACGCGAACUCGCUGAUCGCCAACGAGCACGAUUACUUCACCGAGUCGACGGACAGUCGACAGGCCUACGGUGAGCCACCGAUGGCGAAGCGACAAAAGAUCGCUCCCCUAACGCUCAUCGACUACGAUGUGGACGAUGACGUGUGGAACGGUGGUGACAAAAUACGCAUCAAACAGGAGCGGGCAACAGCGGAACUGUUUGAGCAGAAGGUGCGCGAGUUCCAGCACGCACUGCACAAGUCGGCCUACGACGGCGGCGUUACGUGCAAAGCCGAAUCCGAAUCGGAGCCAAUCAGCGAGCUGAUCGUUGAUCGCGAACUGCUCGAUCUGGUCGCUACCAAGGGUACGGACAACGGGCUGUACGGGCACCUGAAUCUGGACGCGUUUUCGAUGCCAGGGAAGGACGUCAAAGAUGUCGAUGGUAUCAAUUUGCUCGUCGGUAACGUACCGAUCGGAAGCAACUCACCCACAGGCGCCGAUGGUUCCGAUGCACGACAGCUGAAUGCUUCGCAGCAAAUUCAGCAGCAAAACAACAAACGCAAGUUGUUACUCUAAGCCCCGUUCGGGUGGCUGUUGCUGCACUGUUCCCGGAAGUUCCGCGGAAGACGCUGGCUGUUAGAAUCAUCACUUGUGACGGUGGCCCAACAGAGGCCACCGAACGGCCCUUUGAACGGGCGAGUGAUGAACUCCUUUUGUAAAUAGUGUGUGUGUGCGCGUGUGAAGAAAAUUCCGUAAGGCAAUGGACCUUUGUUGCGUAGAUUUAAGGGCACAAUGUGUGAGCGGCGGCGGGACGCAUGGGCUGGCGCUAAAAGAUGCAUUUUAACACCGUUCAAAGAGGGCAGUCCCAGAGCCGAUGCCAGUCAGCGGCAUGAGCUAUAAGCUAGCUGUUGACCCCAUCUAACUUUGUUUAGCAUUAAUGAAG